AUGAAGCUAUUUGUCACCGCAUUCCUUACUCUGGUAUCCUUUGCCGCCGUCGCUAAUGGUGCAUCCAUGAUCCGUCAGGAAGCCGAAGCAGGAGCCCCCUGCCAACUUACUGGCACUUACAAAGCUGGCACAGACAUCUCCUCUUGCGAUACAAUCACCGUUGGGCCUCUCACUGUACCUGGUAAAGUGAUGCUGGAUCUAAGCAGAGCCAAGACCGGCGCAACCAUUAACUUCGUCGGCACCACGACCUUUGGCACAGCGAAGUGGGCCGGGCCACUUGUCUGGAUUAGCGGAAGCCAUCUCACUGUCAAAGGGUCCGGCACUCUAGACGGCCAGGGCGACUGGUACUGGAAGCAGAUCCCGUCGAAGAUCACUCGGCCAGUCUUCGUCAAAGUGCAAAACGUCGUUAACUCGACUAUCUCGGGCUUUACGGUCAAGAACUCCCCGUUCCGCACAAUCAGCAUCGUCACGUCUCAGCAGACGACUCUCAGUGGGAUCACACUUGACUCCAGAGCUGGCGAUGGAGUCGCCAAGAACACGGAUGGUUUUAACUUGAGCAAGAACGAUCACGUCACGAUCACAAGUAAUACGAUUUACAACCAGGACGAUUGUUUCGCUAUGCAGUCCAGCUACUACACUGUUUUCAGCAACAACUACUGCAGUGGAUGUCACGGUAUCUCGGUCGGCUCCAUUGGUGGCGCUGAGUUUGGCCCAACCACAACGGUGUCCGGUCUUAUUGUUCAGGGCAACACCAUUGUCAACAGCUCAAAUGGCAUCCGCAUCAAAGCAGUGACAGGCAUGAAGGGACUGGUGACCAAUGUGAAGUUCAUUAAUAACAAGCUUCAGAAUGUGCGGAAUGCUAUCGCCAUCCAUUCAAACUACAACAGAUUGGCUGGAGCCUACAAUGGCUAUCCCACCAGUAAAGUGGUAAUCUCCGAUAUCAUCGUGGACGGACUUACGGGAUCGGCGGGACAGGUGUACGAUAUCGUUGUCAACCCGAGCGUGGUUUCGGGGUGGACGUUUAAGGGUAUCGCAGUGAAGGGCACGACAGGUUCUUGCAAGGGCCUGCUAAUUGGUCCCUGCUAA